GAAAUUUUCAGUCAUUGGUGAGCAGCUGAAAGUAACACUUCGUAAUUUAAAAAUGAAAUUACUCUCUUGGUUUCUACUAAUAUGUGUCUUAAAUGAGCUUUGUCUUGGGGAUAAGGAACCCAUAUGUAGGUCUGAACCAAAUGUGACCGGCAAUUGCGGACAGCAAAUUAAAGGGUAUACCUAUGAAGUCCGUACAAACAGGUGCAAGAAGUUCAGGGUGAAGGCCUGUAAGGUAACUGGCAACUUUUUCGGUAGCAAGGAUGCGUGCAAUGCGAAGUGCAAGGACUCUAGGAAACGUGAAGAAAACGGAGUCUUUGAUAUCUGGAGUCAAGCCGCAGAUCUCUGGUCGCAGUUUUUACAGAUGUUUUCAUGUUUUAUGAAUUCCGCUAGAUUUUAAAGCUUUUGCUGAUUUACCAAUAAAUUUGAUUGAAAAUA